AUGUUGAUGUCGACUUUUACAAUCAUAUGUAUGCUUCAAUGGAUAUUGCUCUACUCUUCUUCUGAGCUUUUAUCACUCAAAGCAGAUAAAUGCGUAUGGCCUCAGACAUGCGGAGGUCAGACAUUUCCUAACCCCUUCCGAAUGGACAAAGACACUUGUGGUUUGCCUGGUUUUGAAGUUGUUUGCAAAAGAAAAUCGAGUUCUGACCCUGGAAUUCCCUACCUGCCAACCCUUUCGGGAGAAGUAAAAAUAAAAAAUCUCUCUUACGACCACAUGCUGGUUGAGGCCACAAGCUUGUAUGCUUCUCCAUGCAGGAAAGAGGUUAACGCUAUAUCGUUCAACCUUCAUGACGAAGGGCCUUUCAGGAUUUCUGAGUUUAAUAAGUUACUUGCUGUUGGGUGUAACACCUCUGCCCAAUUUCAGAUGCAUAUGGGCAAUACAUCCCAAGAAACGCCUUAUUCGGGCUCCUGCACAUCUAAGUGUGGUUAUACUCCAGCAUUCUAUGCCAGACAACUGCUUUGCAAAAAGAAUGGGUGUUGUCAAGUGGCGGUUCCUGGUGGUUACACAAGAAUUAGACUCGCUUCACAAUUCUACUCUUCCUCUGGAUCCCACAAUUUUACCAGUUCGGCUUCCACUAUAGUCGAUAAAGAUAGCUGGGAUUCUAUUUCCAAUUCAACGUCCUUCAAAGCUACAGAUUUUUCUUUGAGGGUGGCCUGGGCUAUUCUAAAUGACACGUGCCUCUCGGCUCAAAGAAAGAGUUCAUACCAGUGUUCUCCAAACACGGAGUGUGGAAACAGAAUUUGGGGUUAUGUUUGCAGCUGUAAGAAUGGCUAUGACGGAGAUGGAUACACCAACGGCACGGGAUGCACAAGUACAAAUUGUUCUUUUAUGUUUUCACGCGACAAGAAAAAUAACUUCAAAAGGAACGGGGGGGAUCGUUUGGAAAAAUUAAUUUCAUUACGAGGAGUAGAAAGCGUGAAACACUUCUCUUUGAACGAGAUCGAGAAAGCCACAAAUAAAUUCUCUCAGAAUUUGAUCCUGGGAUCUGGUGGCUACGGCACCGUUUACAAAGGCACUCUCACCAAUGGACUUCUUGUGGCUGUCAGGAGGUCAAAGCAAGUUGAUUCCAAACAAAUCGACCAGUUUAUCAAUGAAGUUUGUAUUUUGAGCCAAAUUAAUCACAGAAAUGUGGUAAAGUUACUCGGCUGCUGCUUGGAAACCUCGGUUCCUCUGUUGGUUUAUGAAUACAUUUCUAAUGGAACAUUGUUCGAUCAUCUGCACGGCAACAAGCAAAAGCGGCAGCAAAUUCCAUGGGAGAAGCGACUGUGCAUAGCCAUUGAGACUGCAGAAGCUUUGUCAUACUUGCACUCUGCAGCUUCAAUACCCAUUGUCCACAGAGAUGUCAAAUCUUUAAACAUUUUACUGGAUAAUGAUUAUAAUCCAAAAGUUGCAGACUUUGGAAUGUCUCGUCUAGUGCCGAUGGGACAAACGCACAUUACUACAGUUGUGCAGGGAACUCUGGGUUAUUUGGAUCCUGAAUACGUUCAGACAGUUCAGCUUACAGAGAAAAGUGAUGUCUACAGCUUUGGGGUUGUUUUGGCAGAGCUUUUGACGGGGCUGAGACCUGUUUCGUAUGAAAGAAUGGAUAACCACAGCAACCUGGCCAUAUUUUUCAUCUCCACUGUAAAUACGACGGGUUUUGGGGAAAUCAUAGAUCCCGGUCUUCAUGUGGACGAAGGUAAAAACAGGGAGUCGAUGAGAAGAGUAGCGGCGCUAGCGAAGGAAUGCCUUAGCGUUGAAGGGGAGAAGAGACCUUCGAUGAAAGAGGUGGUUCAGGAACUGCUUUGGAUUAAAGAAGGCGAAAGACCGCAUGUCUGGCUGAAUAAUGAUGCUCGGGAAGAACUGGUGGAGCUGAUAGGUGGUCAGGAAGAAAGAAGAGAGGAAAUUAGGGUUGUUUGUUCAAUACCAGAGCGCUGUAGUUCCACGUUUAGCAUUAAAGGGCUCGGAGUUGGCAUUAGAUAAGGAAGAUAAGGUAUGUUGCCCGGCAUUAGCAUUGUAGUACGGCUGAGUCGGUUCGGAGGUGAAGAGUUUGUAUUUUUAAGAGAGAGGUUUAAAUGUUGCAA